CAUGGGUCAGAAAGGCCAAAAACAGAGAGGAAGUUUACCAUACAUUGGACAUGAGGGGGGUCAGACACCUUUUCAUAUAGUGAUUCCUAAAGAACCUUACUAUCAAGGUUACCACGCAAGGAAACAAUACCCGCCAUUCUCUCUUUUGCAACUGCAAAGAAUGAUCGAUUUAGGGUUGUUAAAUCCCGAUGAACCUAUAGAUUUGUCUGCAUUAUUAAGGGUCCAAACCUUUCAAUUUAAACCAAGACACAAUCACUAUGGCUUACAUUUAAUCGACGAGGGUAUUGAUAUAUUCGAAGCUCAAGUAAAUUUGGAAAUUCAGUGGGCAAGUGAACCUGUGAUAGCUGCUAUAGAAAGAUUAGGAGGAACCAUAACAACGAGAUUUUAUGAUAUGGAAUGCUUAAAUUAUAUAGUAUCACCUAAGGAAAAUUUCUUGAAGGGAAAACCUAUUCCUCGUUGUAAGCUACCUUCUAACGACGUUGUAAAAUAUUAUACAAGUGCUGAGAAUAGAGGUUAUUUAGCCGACCCAGAAAAGAUAGCUGAAGAACGGUCGAAAUUAGCUCAGAAAUACGGAUAUGAACUACCCGACUUGAAAAAAGACCCCAAAAAAGAUAUGUUACUUAAAAGGAAAGAUCCAAGACAAAUAUUUUUCCAUUUACAACCAGGCUGGGUAGUUAAUCUUCAUGAUAAAUGUAUUUUGAAACCGACUGAUGAAGACUUGUUAAAAUAUUAUAGAUCGUAG